UAGGCGAUUGCGCGGCAACGUGGAAAACGACAUCUCGUCUCGAAACCCACUGAAAUUGCGUUCCGAAGCAAUUAUAUGAAAUGCGAUGACACAAGGAUACCGAAACGAUGUCGAUGGUAUCCUCCGGGUUGGUCUCGACUGGGCCAUCGGACCUGAGGAGCGGGGGACGCAGCGCGCCGGUCCUCGAAUUCGUCUGCCUGUUUACGUACGAUCUCCGGAGAAAGCAAAAGAGAUGGGAGGAUGGCCGCAUCAAAUACCACACCUUCAACAAGCGUGUCAUGGUCUACGAUGAGCGCGGCAACUUCGUCGGAGACAUGCAUUGGACGCGCGAAUCAGACUUUGACGAAGGCGAAGAGGUCCAGCUGGAGCGCGGCGGAGUCAUUGUUCAGGUUGCUGAGUGCGUCGGCCGCCAGGAGCAGGAUCUGUCCGAGCUGCUGGACAGGAGGGCGAACGAGAAGGAACGGCGUCGGUCACGAGUUGCCAUGCGCCCGCCCUUGUCUGCCGCAACACCGAACAAUCCUAUUGCCGGAGCCGGCGUACGAGAGCACUUCCAGACCCGACAUCGACCCCUGACCCAGCUUCUUACCCCAACCGGCCACCACGGCCGGGCUGUGGUACCUGUUGAGUCUCCUUAUGAGCUUCGACAGAUGGCCGAUGAGAAUCCCAGCAGUCGCCCUGAUCCAGGUUCUUCAAAGAGGAGGAAACUCGACGUCACGCCUCCGAGCAAAAAGACCUACGCUCAAAACUUGUUUGGUGCCACCUUGACCUUGUCCGCUGUGCCCGUUAGCUCAGCUCCUCGGGGGGUUCCCGGUCCGUUACCUCGAGUGCAGCCAGCGACAACUUUGCCUCAGGAAGAAGAUAUUUCCCACAGUAUAGACGUUGAUUCUCUGCGUGAGGACCGGGGCUCAUCUGCUGCAUCUGGCAUCCACCGGGAAUCUUCGAGUGCUGGGGCUGUUGCCACUCGGUUAAGGGCAUUCCCAGCACACCCCCGGCAGUCUGUAGUAGAAGAUCAAGAGCAACCCGAGACCACAUCAAUGACGCUGAGUCACCCGAAUCAGAACAAAGCGAAUUCAAAUUCUCGAGCCAGCAACCCACGAGCAGCGGUUACAAACGGUUUCCGUCCAUCUCCGCUUACCAGUACCAAAUCUAGAGUGGUCGCCGACAAACUGACAACAGCCGGGAACUCACACCAACCUCCCUUGACACAUCUUGCGGGGGCUAGCACCGAUGCUAAACGUUCUGUCGGCUUAAAGCUGGGGGCCUCGCUCUUACAAGCCGUUGAGUUGGACGACGAGCGACGGUUUUCCGGACGCCAGGACAAGCCAGGCGUUGCACACGAAUCAGAAAAUGCCGCUCCAGAGCCUCCAAAGCAACAGCGGACGACGCGCAAAAGGUUACCACAACCGACAGCUUCGGAUGUUGAAUCAAUGACUACAGGAACGCGGGUCAAGGAUGCCCAAGAACACCCGACGGAGGAAAGGACGGAAUUGCGGCUCAAGCCUCGUCAAAAGCGCGGCCUCCUGCUCCUGUCCGAAAAGAAAAGCAAGACAAGUCAGCUCAAAGCGCAGGACGGACUCGCCAGCGGACAAACCCGGACCAGCGAAUCUCCAGAAGAGCUCACGAGCACCCCAGCUACGGAGUCGAGCGGCCAUUCCAACUUAGUUGAGAAGCUCCCGUUUGGGAAACAGGAUGAUCCCUUUGCCUGCUCACCCGCCGGCCCUGGAGAUCCUGGUUCACUCGCGAAGGAUAAAAUCGCGGACCGGCCGCCCUCCCCACGAGGCAGGAGGCUAAGAUCACGAGCUCAGGGUUCCGGAAAAGCCCGUGGUGAGCCGAGUGAGCCGUUGAAUUUGGAAUCCAAAGAGACUCUGGCCGGUUUUGGUUCCGAAUUCAUACCCUCGAAAUUCUCACGUCAGACUCGGGCUACCGAGGAAUUGGGUGACGAGGAGUCGAGCCGCGUAGGGAAGAGAGCGCGGAGAGUAAACCCGGACGACAGUGCCAGUAACGAGCUGCCUCAGGCUCAGGUUAGACCGCAUCUCGCCAGAUUGAGCCGGAAGAGCGUGAGGAGCAGGGAGCUCAUCGGUUUUGUGCCUCGUGGCCCAGACCACUUCAUGAACUCAGGGCUGCCAAAUUUCGGCGCUAAGGGCUUCAAGCUCAUAAGGGAUAACGAUACGGCGGGAACCGGCAACGUCCUGGAAUCUACAAGCAUCGACGCGCCGUUGUCAAACCGGGUGCAGUCUCGUGUGGAAGCACAACCUGUCGGGCGGAUGCCUCAACCCGCCUUGCCGUCAACGGUCGUGUCACAGGUGGCUCCGCCGGCUCUUCAGCGACACAACUCCCUACCCAACGGUAGGAUGGGGGAAGGGUCGGUCAAAGUAUCAAGUAAGGUUGCUCCCCCCACGCCGCAGCUUGAUGGCCCCCCCAGACCUCGCAGUCUCGCGCGCCACGUAUCUGCCGUCUUUCCGCCAAAUGGCCAAAUGGACCGGAGCGCAACUGAGAAUUCCUCUCUACCUGGACCCAAAAACAUCGCGUUACCCAGAGAGGAAACAGCUCUGGAGGUCACGGUGUCAGAGACCGCCAACCCACAAAGACCAUGUGCAGCGGACAGCGUGACGCUGCGGUCACCAUCACACAACUCCCCGCCCAACAUUUCGGAACAGCAAGCGGACCAAAUGAACGACGAGUCUGAUAUUGCGCUUGACGCAUGUCUAACCGACGGCGUCAACAAGCAAUUUGCGGAUGCGCCACCGCCCGAUCCUUCCCAGCCCCGGAUCGUGAACCCCGCGACACGAGGCCGUAAGGCUGCAUUGAAGUCUCAUGCGGCAGGCCAGGUGCCUCAAUUCAUCCUACCAGUCGACAACACCACUGUCGUCUUGGGUGUGCGGCCACCUGCAAUGCCGCGGCCGGACCCCGCCCUCAGUGAGCACCCGAAACGGACCAUGAGAUUUCCUGGCUUUAGUUCGGCGAGAGGAGGCGGGCCGUGGAGUAGGGAGGCACACGAUUUGCUGGAAAGUACCCGUCCUUGCUGA